AUGGCUCACUUCCACAGACACGUUCACUCAUCCCGUAUUAUGUUUUGUGAAACCAUGUGGCUUCAAGAAGUAGAAGGGGACUUUGCACCCAACUCUCCCCUGUCUCCAAAGUUCAGCAGCACGAAGGGGCGCGCGCGGAAGCGCUCCAAGUCGCGGGAGAGCAAGCGGUCCCGGCGGCGCGAGUCGCGCUCCCGUUCCCGCUCCAACACGGCCCCCUCGUCCCGCCGCGAGCGGGAGCGCGAGCGCGAACGCGCCUCCUCCCCGCCCGACCGCAUCGACAUCUUCGGGCGCACCGUGAGCAAACGCAGCAGCCUCGACGAGAAGCAGAAGCGUGAGGAGGAGGAGAAGAAGGCCGAGUUCGAGCGGCAGCGGAAAAUUCGCCAACAAGAAAUUGAAGAGAAACUCAUAGAGGAAGAAACUGCUCGAAGAGUAGAAGAGCUCGUGGCUAAGCGCGUAGAAGAAGAACUGGAGAAACGGAAGGAUGAGAUUGAGCGAGAGGUUCUGCGCAGGGUGGAGGAGGCUAAACGCAUCAUGGAAAAACAGUUGCUCGAAGAACUCGAGCGACAGCGACAAGCUGAACUUGCAGCACAAAAAGCCAGAGAGGAAGAAGAGCGUGCAAAGCGUGAGGAACUAGAGCGAAUACUAGAAGAGAAUAAUCGGAAAAUUGCAGAAGCACAAGCUAAACUGGCUGAAGAACAAUUGAAAAUUGUUGAAGAACAAAGAAAGAUUCAUGAGGAAAGGAUGAAACUAGAACAAGAGAGACAACGUCAGCAAAAGGAAGAGCAAAAAAAGAUCCUGGGCAAAGGAAAGUCUAGGCCAAAACUGUCCUUCUCACUAAAGAGCCAGGAUUAAGUUGCAACUCUGAACUCUUAAAAGAAACAGGAAAAAA